ACCCCUACGCAGCGUAUGUUCUUCCCCAAAUUACAUACAAAACCUCUACGAACCCCUACGAAGGCGACUACGUAUUUCCGACCGUAUACACGCGAAUUCGAAGUAUAAACGAGAAAAAUGGAGGAAAUGGAUUUCGAAGUAGAUAUUCCGGAGCAGCCGCAGCGGAAACGGCGGGCGCGUCCACCGCCAGAUCCUCUAGAGAAUCACCCGUAUUUGGAGUUUCCUCUGGAGUCCGAGGCUGCGCUCCGUUGCGAGAAGCUUCGGAAGAUGCAUAUUGGUGAACACUUUGCGGUUUCGUGGAAAACCCUCCGGAAGCUUGAGGUUGAAGAUUGGGUGCGGGGGUUUGUUCCCGUUGAUUCACCGUGGGAUCGUCUGUUUGAGCUAUCGUUUACGCCGACCUACAGGGAGAUACUAGUCGAGUUUCUGUCGUCGUUCGAGUUUCAUCCUCGUCGGCCAAAUGAGGUUGUGGACCCCGCGCAGCCCCCUCCCCCGCCCGAGGUUUCUUUUCGCAUGGCUGGCCAGGCGCGCGAAAUGUCACUUGCACAGUUUGCGGUGCAUAGCGGUUUGUAUACGGAGGCUGAGAUUGCUACGGAUCUUUAUACGAAGAUUUAA